AUGGCCUCAGAGCAGCCUGCAGCGGAAGACGUUCGCCAGCCCUUGCUCGGCGCCAGGGAUGACGGCCAGCAAGCCGAGCCGGUGAACCAACGAGGGACGUUCGCGCCCUCCCUCGGCGCAGCAGCGGCCUUUGGCAUCCUCGUCAGCAUCGUCAUCGGCAGUGGGGUCUUCACCUCUCCCGGUGCCAUCGACACCAAUGUCCCUUCACCUGGCAUGGCCCUCGUCAUGUGGCUCGUCGGCGGGAUCCUGGCUUGGUCCGGCGCGAGUACGUUGGCAGAGCUCGGUACAGCAAUCCCCGGAGAGGGCGGCGUCCAGCCCUAUCUCCAGUACAUCUUUGGGGACAUAUUCGGCUUCUUGGCGGCCUGGACUUGGAUAUUGACCGUGAUGCCCGCCACGCUCGCCAUCCUGAGCAUCGUAUUCGUAGAGAGCAUAUACUCGGCUCUGGGCACCACUGACCAGGCUGGCACGCUGCUCCACAAGCUCCUCGCCAUCCUCGUCCUGCUCGUUGUGAGCCUGGCCAACUGCAUCAGCACCAAGACCAGCACCCGGCUCAGCGGCUUCUUCCUGGGAACCAAGUUCUCCAGCAUCAUCCUGAUCGUGGCCGCCGGUCUGGCCGUGAUUGUCCUCCAGGUUGCUCGCCCAGACCGGAAGGACAUUGGUGGCCGGGACUGGUACACCAAGCCUUGGUUUGGCAACCGCCAGACCCUCAAUCCAGAUGGGAGCGCUACGGACUGGGAUCAGCUCAGUUCUUGGGAGCUGCUAGGGCAUUUCUCGGCCGCGGUUUAUGGUGCUCUUUGGGCAUACUCGGGCUGGGACAAGGCAAUUUAUAUCUCGUCUGAGCUCAAGAACCCAGGAAAGCAGCUUCCUCUCACAAUCAACACGGCGAUUCCCACCAUCUUCCUCUGCUUCAUCGUUGCCAAUGCUUCAUACUACAUCCUCCUGCCAUGGGAUACUGUUUCCACAAGUGACAGUGUUGCUGUUACCGCCAUCAGCCGCCUCCUGGGCGUCAAGUUCGGCAUUAUCGCCGCCGUGUUGAUCUGCCUCGUCAUCGCCGGCUCCAUUCUGGGCAACUCCCUGGUCGUCGGCCGCAUGAUCGUCUCGGCGGCCAACAAGGGCUGGUUCCCGAGAUUCUUCGCCAUUGUCGGCCGCAUCGGCUUCCGCGAGAAGCCCGAAGACUCCGACGACUCCCAGGACCCGUCCGGAUACGACGCUCCAAUCAACGCCGUCUUGCUGUCCGUCAUCGUGUCCGCCGUUUACAUUGCGGUUGGCAACUUCCGUGACCUCGUCACCUUCAACGGUCUUGGCGAGUAUGCCUUCUUCUUCCUCACCGUGGUCGGCGCCAUCGUCCUGCGGUACCGGGAACCUGGUCUUGAGCGUCCUUAUAAGCCUUUCAUUGCCAUUCCGUUCAUCUUUGCCAUUGUGAGCGGGUUCGUGGUGGUCAGGGGGGCCUCGUUUGCCCCAGUCCAGGCUUUGAUUCUGGUUGUGGUUUGGCUCAUCGGCGCGGUUGUUUACUGGUUUGGUGUGCGGUGGUCCCGGACCAGUUCUCUAGCUCAGGCAUAG